AUGGUGGAUGAGAUCGCGUUUCCCUCCGUGAAUGCAGACCCCAAGCCGCUCGCUCUCUUGGGUUACGGUAAGAGCUCUCUCUCUCUCUCUCACACACACACACACACGCACACACACACUUACUCACUCACUCAAUCAUUCACUCUCUCUCUCUCUCUCUGUCUUACGCGUUCUGUGAUCCAUGCGCAGGGAUAACGGAUAUCGAGAUCCACUUCCUCCAGAUUAAAUUCACAGCUAUCGGAGUUUACGCCGACAAGGAGAUCGUCGGACAUCUUGGGAAGUGGAAGGGAAAGAAGGGAAGCGACCUCAAGGAGGACGAUGACUUCUUCGACGCCCUGGUUUCAGGUACGGGUAAACCCAUGGGGGCGAACAGAAUCCGGCAGUUUGGAUGGGAUUUUCGGCGUCAUUUCACCAUGAUGAAGUCUGAAUGCUCUGGGCGGCGGUGCAGCUCCGGUAGCGAAACAGCUGAGGAUUGUGGUCAUCAAGGAGAUCAAAGGGUCCCAGUAUGGCCUCCAGCUGGAGACCGCUGUGAGGGACCGCCUGGCGGCCGCCGACAAGUACGAGGACGAGGAGGAGGAGGCCCUCGAGAAGGUCAUCAACUUCCUCCAGUCCAAGUACUUCAUGAAGAACUCUGUCAUCACCAUAAGCUUUCCGGCGGCGCCCGCUCCCGCAGAGGCAAGUGCUGCUCCACCGCAAACCGCUAUAAACUACAGGCCCAGAGAGUCCAACCCCCUCACUCUAUUCUUCACUCGCAGAUCUCGUUCUCGACGGAGGGGAAGGAAGAGACGAAGAUCCAGGUGGAGAAUGCGAACGUGGCAGAGAUGCUCCAGAAAUGGUACCUUGGGGGUUCGUCGGCGUUGUCCCCCUCCACCGUGGCGUCCCUCGCCGAGAACCUGGGGGAGCUGCUCUCCCAGUAG